AACCAGAACCAGAACCUUUGAGCCAGCUUUAGGCUAUCUUUAAAUAUUAAUCAAACAGUUGUCUAAGCAACCAAGAUGGGUAAAACAGUGUUCUUUAUGAUCAUCUAUGGCUUUUUCAUCUUAUGCUUUGCUUCUUCAGACCCUCAAAUGGUUCCAGCUUUGUACGUGUUUGGAGACUCACUUGUGGAUGUCGGCAACAACAAUUUCUUAACUCUUUCCAUUGCAAAGGCAAAUCAUCGUCACUAUGGCAUUGAUUUUCCCAACCACAUACCCACCGGAAGAUUUAGCAAUGGCAAGAAUGCUGCAGAUUUUGUUGCUGAGAAAUUGGGUUUGGCAACUUCGCCACCUUACCUCUCUCUAACAUCGAAGGCCAACAAAAACAAGGCGACAUUCAUUGAUGGUGUUAGCUUUGCCUCCGCAGGUGCUGGAAUAUUUGAUGGUUCUGACUUGCGUUAUAGACAAUCAAUACCAUUGACAAAACAAGUGGACUACUACUCUAUUGUGCACGAGGAAAUGACACGAGAAACAGGAGCAGCUGCUAUACAGAAACAUCUCUCAAAAUCAAUUUUCGUUGUGGUGAUUGGCAGCAACGACCUCUUUGGAUAUUUUGAGUCAUCAGAUCUUCGUAAGAAAACUACCCCACACCAGUACGUGGAUUCCAUGGCACUCUCACUAAAAUUGCAACUACAGAGAUUGUACGAUCAUGGUGCACGUAAAUUUGAGAUCGCGGGAGUUGGAACACUUGGAUGCUGCCCUGAAUUCAGGCUGAAGAACAAAACGGAAUGCGUUGUAGAAGUGAAUUACUGGUCUGUAAAAUACAAUGAAGGCCUUCAAUCGAUGUUGAUGGAAUGGCAAUCGGAGAAUAGAGGGAUAAUCUACUCCUACUUCGACACUUAUGCUGCCAUCAACGACCUCAUUCAGAGUCCAGCUUCCAAUGGAUUUAGUGAGGUAAAAGGUGCUUGUUGUGGACUGGGUGAGCUGAAUGCCAGGGCUCCCUGCCUGCCAUUGUCAAACCUUUGUCCUAAUAGAGAAGAUCACAUCUUCUUCGACCAAUUCCAUCCUACGGAGGCAGCUUCUCGUAUAUUUGUUAACAGACUUUUCGACGGUCCUUCAGGUUACGCAUCUCCCAUUAAUAUGAAACAACUAGUAGCAGCCUGAACUUCAGGAUUCAUUAACUCUUCAAUGACAUUUUUUUUUUCUUUAUAGUUCGAUGUUAAAAGUUGAAUGUGAUAUUGGGGAGGGAAAAAAAAUCCCAAAGCCGGGCUUCAGGAAAAAUGAUCUCUGGUUAGAAAAAUAUGCAUUCCUAUGAGAAUGAUGGUUUUUAUACUAGUUUUUAAUAGAUGUUAAUGAAAUAUGACAAGAGCAUCAAA